AUGGAUGCUGAUGCUGAGGAGGGCAUGGAUAUCAAGCAGUGGAUAGGCCAUAUUGCUGAUUUACAGGCUGCCCAUUCAUCACACGUUGCUGGCAUGGUAUAUGGCCGUGUCAUGCAGGAACAGGCCGGCAGCACAGCCCACCGCGCCCUGGGCCACCCAUCCAUAUUAGGCAAGCGCAAAUGGGCCCCGUGGGAGGAUGAGGCUGAGGUCAGCCGCAUGGAAUGCUGCCACCAGCUAGCCACUAUGGAUCUGGAGGCAGCCGCGCAGCGCAUGACUGGGCGGCCUGACAUGUGGUUCUGGGGGCGCUGCCAGGAGCUCAGCAUAUCAUGUAUGCCAUGGGAGAGCCAGCGGCCCCCCGAUGCUGCAUCCAUUGUGUUAGUGACGCCUGAAUCCGCGGUGAGCCCUGAUUUCCAGAUGUUUUUGAACUGGCUGCGGUGGACCCGGCGGUUGGACCGGAUUGUGAUUGAUGAAUGCCAUGUGGUGUUGAAUUCCCAACGCGAUUUCCGGCCCCAGAUGGCUCAGCUGGGCUGGUUGGUCCAGGCCCGCACCUAG